AUGUCUCUUCAAUAUGACCCAGCCUUCCAGAGAGCUGUCGCUCAAGUGUUGACAGCGAAAGGCAACGCUCCCAAGCCCGAGCCAGGCAAUCCGCUUUCCAUUCGAGCUAUAGUGGAACCUGGCUUUUCUGAAAUGAUGGCGUUACUCCCUGAAGCGACCAAUGUCAACAAUGAAAAACACCAAAUCCCAACAUAUGACGGACAAGCCAUUACAGUAUACCGGCACUGGAGAAAAGACCUCGACACCACGACACCACAGCCGGCAAUUCUACAAUUCCACGGUGGUGGAUUGAUCAUGGGGAGCGCACAGAUUUUCAAAAAGGCCCAGGAUUUACUUGCUGAAAAGUCCGGCGUGCAAGUAUUCUCAGUCGACUACAGACUGGCGCCGGAACAUCCUUAUCCGACACCAGCAGAAGACGGUUACUCGGCACUAGUCUGGUUGCAGGAGAAUGCUGCACAAUUCUCAGUCGAUCCCAAGCGCAUCAUCACCCUUGGAGAGAGUGCAGGAGGAAACCUGGUCGCCGCUAUCAACCUCAUGGCGCGGGAUCGUGGUCUGUCGCCUCCUAUCGCAAAGCAGAUGCUCAUCUAUCCCAUGUUGGAUGACCGUAACAUUGCUCCGAUUUCAGCCAUGGAGGGUCUUCUUAUUUGGUCUCAUGAGGCAAACAUCACUGCUUGGUCUGCUUACCUUGGUGAUGAUUAUGGAACUGAUCGCGUGUCAGAGUACGCUUCCCCAGCUCGUGCGGCGACGCUCAAGGGUCUUCCGCGCACAUACCUGGAGGUUGGCACUUUGGACAUGUUCCUUGAGGAGAACUUGACGUACGUCUCGCGGAUUGCCAGGGAAAACAUUGAAACGGAGCUUCAUGUUUAUCCGGCUAUUCCUCAUGGAUAUGAUGUGUUUGCUCCUUUCAGUGAGGCAUUGGAGAGAGCCAUGGGGGAUAGAAUGCGGGCUAUAUCGACCGUAUAA